GAACCAGGGAGUGCCACUUUAGUUUUUCGUCAAGCUGUGGGAUCGUUGGUCAUCAAACUAGUAAUCUCGACUUCAAGUAAACAAAAUUGGUUGAUCAGUACUGAGGCUAAAGUUUAUCGCCUCUCAACCGAGGAUGGGCCUACAGAUGAUCAAGACAGUUUUGCUCCUUUGCAUAGGCUUGAUUCUCUGUGACGUAUAUGCAGAAUUCCCGUCCCGUAUCAGGUACGAAUCUUUGGGUUGUUACAGAGACAACCCAGAUAUACGGAUACAAUCUUUGGAGGGAAUGGACAGUCUCCUUAACGACAGCUAUAGGCUGAGAACUGAUGCUAUACAAAAGUGUGCCAUGGCUGCCUUGGUAAGAGGAUUUACAGUGUUCGCAGUUCAAGAUGGCGGCAUGUGUGUUAGCGAUGAAUACGCGUAUUUAUCCUGUAAAGAUGCAGAUAAAUCAGAAAACUGUAAAAGUGACGGAAAAGGAGGAAAUAUGGCUAAUCAGGUCUACUAUCUUAAUUCAACACUGAAAGAAGUCCUUGGCACUGUUUCUUACACAAAACUUGGAUGUUUUGAUUUCACCGAUGCUCACACUGUGCCCAGCCUCGAAGGAGAGGAUUCUUUGUUGGAUGGUUAUUACACAACAAGAAGGGACGCUAUUAGUAAGUGUGGACUGGCGGCUGACAGGCGAGGACAUAGAAUGUUUGUUGUCAUGCCAAGCAGACAGUGUGCAAGUGGUCCUACUACUGAGAUGUACAGAAAGUUUCUACAGUCAGGACACAGUAACGUGGAAUGCACAGGAAUGGCUCUUUGGAGUAGCGUAUACUUUCUCAAUUUUAGCCGGUAUGACGAUAGAGGUGCUAACAAUGUUGAAGUAAUACUUCCGUCUGAGCCGCUAAAAUACACGUCAAUUGGAUGUUUCCUCCAGUUCCGUUCCAUGGCUAAGAGAUAUCCUCUUCUUGUGAGCUAUGAGGGCCAAGAUCCACUUCUAAAGGAUUUCUACCUACUACGAAAAAAUGCGAUUGAAAAGUGUGCUACGGUAGCCAAGCGACGUGGAUAUAAAGUUUUUGCUCUGAUCAACGGCGGCAAGUGCUUGACUGGCCCUAAAGCUCACACAGUGCCAGUAUUCAAAACGUUCUGGGCUACGGGAUGCAAAAGCCACGGAAAAGGAGGCUAUUGCAAUCUUCACGUUUACGUUGUUGGAGAACUGAGAAAUUUCUUCUCCGCAAUACCAUACACACAACUCGGUUGCUACAAAAACGACAAAAAUAUGCUUGAUAUUGAACAAAUGGACCCAGAUGUUCUUGAUGGUGAUUACAAAUUGAGAAAGAACGCGAUUGGCAAAUGUGCAUUGGCCGCCAUCAAGAGACGCAGUGAAGUGUUUGCAAUCCAAGAUGGAGGAAAAUGUCUCAUUACAAGAAAUUCUUACGAAGUUUUUGAUGAAAUUGGGAUCUCACAAGACUGUAAAAGUGACGGAAAAGGUGGACCAGGGAUCAGUAACGCUUAUGUGAUAGGGAAAAUUAGCGGUAUGAAUCUUUUCUCAUGGAUGUCUCCUAUUAUGAAGAGCUAGGAA